GCAGCAGCGCAUGUCAAGGAUGGUCCCCAAACUGGUACGUGUGUUCACUUGUUGUCAAAGCUCCAAUGUUAUGUAUUUAUUUAUUAUACUCAAGUUAUGUCCGUAACUCCCCCCAUCCCCAUGCUGGGGGCUACUGCCAGCCUACUUCCAUAUGGGCUGUGACCUCACAGAGUUAUCCCCACCCACCGGACUAUGAUCUCACGGCGCUGCCCAUGUGAGCCAGCGGCCAGCACUUUGUCUCUCCCAGUGCGGUCGUGACCAGCUUUGAGCGAUGGUUGUCGACAGCUUUCUCCUUAUCCCCAGCCUCCUGCUCCUGGUGGCUGGGCUGUCUCUGCUCACCCCUCUCUGGCGCCGACAGGGUUCUGACCGGCGCCGGCAAUGGUGGACAUGGUGGCUGCAAGUGGUGGCAUCAAAGUCAGGUGCUGAGAGGCAGACAGGCACGCACAGGAGCCCCCUGUGCAGGCCACGUUGCUCCCAGCAGCAAGCGUCACGAUGGCAGGGCAGUCCCAUCCUGCCCCAUCCCGUGCAGCCAGGAAAGACCCAGCCUUUGUUGCUGCGCAGUCUGUGCCCCUCUCUUCACAUGGACUCUGCCACUGGUACCACGAGCUCUGCGGGGAAACCUGUCAGGCUUCCCAGACAGGACCAGCGCCCGCAGGUUCUGGUGGCACGCGGGACCCCCAGGACGCUCAGUCAGCGUCCUAGGCUAGGCGGUGGAGUUAAAGACCUGCCACCUGAGAUCUCUAACUUCACAAAGCCACCAGUGAAAGGGAUGGUCUUCCAGGAGGGCCUCGUUCAAACAGAGGAGAGAAAACGCUGGUGGGACUACAAGACCAAAAGGCUUUUUUGGCGUAUGCUCUCCUCAGCACUUCCCAAAGUGCACAAGAAACCAGGAGCAGCAGCAAGACCAUCCCAAGGACCAGUUUUGAGCCUGGAGAGAAAAGCAGAUGGCAAAACUGAAGCCUGCCAGCCCUUCAACUCUGGCUUCCGUGACAAGAGGAGCACAGAGAAAUCAGACAUGCUCGCUAUGGAAGGGCUGUACCGGCAGCUCCUGGUGUCCCUAAAACGAUCCAACACUAACAACAAAUGCUACAAGUCAGGCGGCGGAAAUGAAGAGCAACCACCGGAUACCUCUUCCUGCACGCUGCCACCAGUGAAAGGGACGAACAUGCAUGAGAACAUCCUUCAAACAGAGGAGGGGGAAUGCUGGUGCAAGAGCAAGGCCAAGAGGCCUUCUGAGUAUUGUAUAGCUUCCCCAGCACUUCGCAGAGUCUAGAUGGAAGCCUGAGCAGCUGCAGAACCAACACCAGGACCAGCUUCAGGCCUGGAGAAAAGGAGACAGCAGAACUGAAACCUGCCAGUGCCUCAACUCUGCCUUCAUUGUCACGGUUUUAUAGUUGACAUAUUAGUAGAGAACUGAAUCUCAGCUCUAAGAUCAUCAUUUGCAUCCUACCAUUUCAGACUGAGAUCUUUCAGAUUUUUAAAAAGAUAAUUUAAUAAAAUUAAAUUUUACACGCUAGCCUUCAGAGAAUUGUUAUCCUUAUUUCUUG